UUUUUAUAAAAAUAUUCUCUCUUUACCUCAUAGCAAUCCAUUCUCCUUAAAUCCAUCAAACAAGUUUUGUAAGUGGGACCCACUCUCGUACUUAUCAUCUCAACCAUCCACGUGGCGAUGUUUGAUACCAUUGGAUUUGUUUACUACGGUUUUAGCUAUCCUUUAGCUUCUUUAAAUGUCUCAUCUCUUCCCAAUUCAAAGUAGGCACAAAUAUUUUAAUUUGUGCCUUGUCAAAUUAAUUUUCUACAUUUAUCAAAGUUUCCUCAAGAAAAUUCCCAGCUCAAAAUUCUUCAUUUUUUCCAAAAGGGUGAUAGAAAAGUACAACUUUAGAGAAGUUUUGAUAAAUGACAAAGCAAGGAUGACUAAGGAGUGAGGACUUGGAAUCCUUCAAGAAGCUGAUGGUAUUCAGUACCCUUGAUGGUGGUAUUGGUGGCGGCGAGAUGGCUACCGAGAUGACUGCUGAAUGGAAGGAUAUUCCUAUGGAGUUGCUCCUUCGAAUUCUGAAGCUUGUUGAUGAUCAGACUGUCAUCAGGGCUUCUGGUGUAUGUAGUGGAUGGAGGGAAGCUAUUUGCCUUGGGCUUACUCAUCUUUGCCUUUCAUGGUGCAAGAACGACAUGAACCAAUUAGUCCUGUCUCUUGUGCCGAAAUUCACAAAUUUGCAGAGUUUGAUACUUCGUCAAGAUAAACCACAACUUGAGGAUAAUGCUGUUGAGACUGUAGCGAACUUCUGUCAUGACCUACAGGAGCUUGACUUGAGCAAAUGCUUCAAGCUGACUGAUCGUUCUCUGUAUGCCUUGGCUCACGGAUGUCCAAAUCUUACGAAGCUCAACAUUAGUGGGUGCUCGGCUUUUACUGAUGCUACACUUGCGUAUUUAACUAGCUUUUGCAAAAAGUUUAAGUCGUUAAAUCUUUGUGGGUGCGUUAGAGCUGCAACGGACAAGGCAUUGCAGUCGAUUGCAUAUAACUGCAAGGAGCUGCAGACUCUCAAUCUCGGAUGGUGUGAAAAUGUCGGGGAUUUGGGUGUGACAAGUCUUGCAUAUGGCUGCCCAAAUCUGAGGGCCCUCGACUUGUGUGGUUGUGUACUUAUAACAGAUGAGAGCGUGAUAGCGUUGGCCAAUGGAUGCCCUCACCUUCGAUCACUUGGUCUCUACUAUUGCCAAAACAUAACGGAUCGAGCAAUGUAUUCUCUUGCCCAUAGUCGUGUCAGAAACAAGCACGGUGUAUGGCAAUCGAUCAAAAGCAGAUACGAAGAUGACGGUCUCAGAAACCUCAACAUUAGUCAGUGCACUGCUCUCACACCUCCUGCUGUCCAGGCAGUUUGUGAUUCCUUUCCAGCCCUUCACACCUGUCCUGGCCGACACUCUCUUAUUAUAAGCGGCUGUCUGCAUUUGACAUCCGUGCAUUGUGCCUGCGCUGUCCAAGCACAUCGUGCUACAAGUACAACCGCUCAUUAAGAGAUUGUUCGAUUCUCGUGUCAUCUUCAUCCUCCUGUAUAUAAAGUCGUUUUCCAGUCGAAUUCAAGCUAGUAUUAGGAAAAUGUUUUGUACUAUCAAUGUUGUUUUUAAACUCUACAACCAUGAAAGCUAGAGUUAAUACAGAAUUGACUGAAAAUGGAGUAUUGUUUUUAUGUUGUUGUAGUUUGUUGAAGCUUUGUAGGACUUGUAAACAAUGUGUUUCAAUGGGUGGUCCAUGAUUUGUGUAAA